AGCCCCAGGGCGACGGCGGGGGCCGGAGGGGGCUUUCCUGGCCGAGGCGCGCUCGGAGGGGGCGUGGCGACGCCUGAGGGAGAGAGUCGGAGGGGCGAAGGAGGCUGCCGGCCGCGUCAGAUUCCAAAAUGACAUCCAUGCUGACCUGCUCUGCCAGAACGCUUCCUGCUAUCUCGCCAUGGGCUGCUCGAUUAGCUGUAAGAUCCCUCAGCUGUUCGCCCCAGUUACAGACAGCAGCUCAGCCCAAGACUAAAAAAACCUUGGCUAAAAAUGGGGUGAAGAAUAUUGUGGUGGUGGACGGGGUUCGCAUUCCAUUUCUGCAGUCAGGAACCUCGUAUGCAGACUUGAUGCCACAUGACUUGGCCAGAGCGGCACUAAAAGGCUUGCUGAACCGGACUGAUGUGCCCAAGGAUGUUGUGGACUACAUUGUGUUUGGCACCGUUAUCCAGGAGGUGAAAACCAGCAAUGUAGCUAGAGAGGCUGCCCUGGGAGCUGGCUUCUCUGACAAAACACCUGCCCACACGGUCACCAUGGCGUGCAUCUCUUCAAACCAGGCAAUGACAACAGGAGUCGGUCUCAUUGCAUCUGGCCAGAUGGACGUGGUGGUGGCUGGUGGCGUUGAGCUGAUGUCCGACGUUCCCAUCAGACACAGCCGGAAAAUGAGGAAGACAAUGCUUGGACUCACGAGGGCAAAAAGCUUGGGCCAGAGGCUGUCCCUCAUCUCCAGGAUCCGUCCCGAUUACUUUGCUCCAGAGCUCCCAGCCGUGGCCGAGUUCUCCACCAGCGAGACGAUGGGCCACUCGGCAGACCGCCUGGCAGCCGCCUUUGCCAUCUCGCGCUUGGAGCAGGACGAGUAUGCCCUGCGCUCCCACAGCCUGGCCAAGAAAGCCCAGGACGAAGGGCUCCUCACUGACCUUGUGUCCUUCAAAGUGCCAGGCAGGGACACGGUUGUGCGGGACAACGGAGUCCGCCCGUCAUCGAUGGAGCAGAUGGGGAGGCUGAAAGCCGCCUUUGUCAAGCCCUACGGGACAGUCACAGCCGCCAACUCGUCUUUCCUGACUGACGGGGCCUCGGCGGUGCUGCUGAUGUCCGAAGAGAAGGCUUUAGCGAUGGGGUACAAACCAAAGGCCUACCUCAGGGAUUUUGUGUACGUCUCCCAGGACCCAAAGGACCAGCUCCUGCUUGGGCCAACCUACGCGACGCCCAAAGUCCUGGAAAGGGCCGGCUUAACAAUGGCAGACAUUGAUGUCUUUGAAUUCCACGAGGCCUUUGCAGGGCAGAUUCUAGCUAAUAUGAAAGCGAUGGAUUCGGAUUGGUUUGCCCAGAACUACAUGGGCAGGAAGUCUAAGGUCGGCGCUCCCCCUCUGGAGAAGUUCAACAACUGGGGCGGGUCGCUGUCCCUGGGACACCCCUUUGGGGCCACCGGAUGCCGCUUGGUCAUGACCGCUGCCCACCGGCUGAAGAAGGAAGGAGGGCAGUACGGCCUAGUGGCCGCAUGUGCCGCUGGAGGACAGGGCCACGCGAUGAUCGUGGAGCGUUACCCACAGUAACCCCAUCCAGGACUGUCUUCCUCUCGUCCUUCGUGACACAGCCGUCCCGCUUCAAUGCGCUAAUGCCAGAAUCCCUCCCUGGUCCUUCCUCGAAAGGACGCCCAAUGGCCUUUGUACAUAUUUUCUAGUAGCAGU